GGGAAAUGGUGACAGCUCCAGGAAGCCGUCGCCGGCACCGGGAGACACCGAGGGGCGGUAGCCCGCUGUGUGGAAGCUCCCAGCCGCCUCCGCCACGGCGAAGCCAGCCCCGCCGCCGGCCGCCAUGGGCUCCCCACAGCGCCCGCCGCUCGCCCACGUCUUCAGGGGGACCUUCGUGCACUCCAGCGCCUCCGCGCCCAUGGAGAUCCUCCAUGGACACCUGCUGGGGGUGGACGACAGCGGGACGAUUGUGUUUUUGGAAAAAGCUGAUCAGCAAGAGCAGCUGGCUAAGAAGUGGGGGUUCAAAACAUCUGACAUACGAGAACUGAGUAACCAUGAAUUCUUCAUGCCAGGAAUGGUUGAUACACACAUUCAUGCCCCUCAAUAUUCAUUUGCUGGCACAAGAGUAGAUCUACCUCUUUUGCAGUGGUUGACUACCUACACAUUCCCAACAGAAGCCAAAUACAAAGACAGUGAUUUUGCAGAAGAAGUGUACACCAGAGUUGUUAGACGAACUCUAAAGAAUGGAACGACUACAGCUUGCUACUUUGCAACGAUUUACACAGAUACUUCUCUUCUUCUUGCUGAAAUUAUAGAUAAAUUUGGUCAAAGAGCAUUUGUUGGAAAAGUCUGCAUGGAUAUGAAUGACACUGUGCCACAAUACAAAGAGAAUACUGCUGACUCUGUCCAAGAGACAGAAAGGUUUGUUAAAGAACUACUGGAAAGGAAGUAUCCAAGGGUACAGCCUGUAAUAACCCCCCGCUUUGGCCCUUCCUGCACAGAGGAUUUGCUGUCUGCACUUGGCGAUUUAGCACAGGCUCGUGAUCUCCACGUACAGAGUCACAUAAGUGAGAAUGAAGAAGAAGUCAAACUUGUGGAGAACAUGUUUCCUGCCUACCAGAAUUACACUGAAUUGUAUGAUAAAAACAAGCUGCUUACUAGCAAGACAGUGAUGGCUCAUGCCUGUUAUCUUUCUGAAGAAGAGCUGAAACUUUUUAGUCUUCGCGGAGCUGCAAUUUCACAUUGCCCCAAUUCUAAUUUUUCGUUGCGCAGCGGUGUCUUAAAUGUGCAAAAGGUGCUGAAACACAAUGUGAAGCUUGGCCUUGGCACAGAUGUUGCGGGUGGAUAUUCAGCUUCUAUGCUUGAUGCCAUCAGGAAAACAAUGAUGGCAUCUAAUAGCCUUCAGAUCAAUAAAGUGAACGAAACAGGACUAACUCUUGAAGAAGCUUUUCAACUAGCCACUCUAGGAGGAAGCCAAGCUCUAGGACUAGACGAUGUGAUUGGAAACUUUGAGGUCGGCAAAGAAUUUGAUGCACUGCUAAUCAACACGAAGGCUUCAGACAGCCCUUUUGACUUGUUCUCUGCUGAUAAUUUUGAGGACACUCUGCAGAAGUUCCUGUAUCUAGGUGACGAUCGGAAUAUUUCUGAAGUUUAUGUGGCUGGAAAGCAAGUUGUUCCUUUUUCAAGUUCAGUAUAAAUCCAUUUCCCUUUGCAAAAUACUCCGCUGAUCAUUCUGCAUCUGAUUUGGAAAAGAUUGAUUGAGCACAGUGCCUGGUCAUCAGGAAUGACACCUCAUUUUUGUUUAAUGCUUUAAAACUUGCAAACAUUAGCAAUUUUGUUAGACCUGUCAAGAAUUACUUUACCAAAUUUGUCACAGUUCUAGAGGAAACGGAUAUUUAAAUUCUGCUGUAAAAAUAGCAUGUGUGCAUUGAUAAGGGAUUUGGUAAAUACCUUAAUUAAAGGGGACACCUGCAGUUCCUUUAAGUAAUAGUGUAGGAAUCAUUAUGAAGAGCAGUGAGACUCUCAUUGUCUAUAAUACAUCUGAAUUUAAAAAAAAGCCAGUGCUAGUAAAUUGAUUUUGCAGAUAAUGAGUAUCACAGAAGAAUGCAAUUUUGAUAAUAUUGUCACCAAGUAUGGAGAAAUCAGUGAUGUUUUGGGGCAUUUAGAACAUUUUUUGGUUUUCUUUUGGAGCUUUUUUUUUAAAAAAUAAUUAUUUAAUUUAAAACAUUAUUUUUUUAAGAGAAAUUAGAUAAGAAAUGUUUAUUUAUAAAUAAAUAAGGGUCCUUAUUAUCAAAGAAUUUAGAUUUGUCGUUUGUAGUAGGACAGAAGCAAACUGGUGGAAGAACCAAAUAAGAAACAGGGCGUUAGACACAGGGAGCCGGGCUGGGAGAGCACGAAGGGCUGCAUCGUUCCGUGAUGCUGCCAGCUGAAACUGCGUUUCCGCAGAUUUUGUUCCCAAAUCUAGAAGUGGUCAGCCUCAUCUCCCACCCACUCUGUUGAAUUACCUUCAGCUGAGCGACAGCUGAAGGAAACUUGUGAUAAAUUAGGAGCAGGCACUAAGAUAUCUGAGCAGGGUACUCAGUGGCAAACAAAUGAAAAGAGGCUUUUCUGUGCUAGAAGGAGUGCUUCAUCUGGCUCAGAUUCCAGCAGAACCUUCCCAAGCUCUUUGCUCCUGACUCUUCAGACAGGGUGAUAGUAUCUGCAAGGAAAGGGAAUGGACUUUAAAAAAAUCCAAGAGAAAUAGGCUAUUUAUGGCCAUUAUCACCUUUGACUUGAGGUGGAAGUCAUCACUGGAAAAAGCAUCUCAGCUUUAACGUGCUCUUUUGUGUCUUUCAACUUGGCAACCAUAAUUCCAGCCCUGUUCAAUUCCAGAAGAAAUUGGAAAUCUGUGCAAUUUCCUUUCUUAAAAAACAUAUUUCCCUACUUUUUAUCGGAGACCUUUUUUUCUUUUUUUUUUUUUAAAUCAGUUUGAGGAGGGAGUUGCUUCUUUGUUUCUUUUUUAUGUUUUUGCAACACAAAGGAUGUAAGCUUUAAUUUCAGUGUCAACAGAGACAAUAUUGUAUUGAGUUACUAUAAAUCUGUGUUGAAUAGGAUUUUCAGGCCUGCUUGAAAAUCCUCUGAUUUCACUGAGCUUUGUUUCAGACUCUCACCUCACUGCCUGGCGAUGUAAAGGCACAGGACUUCCCUCUGUUCACAACACAAGGGAGGUCGCUGCACCGAAGUCUCACUUCAUGUCUGCUUCGGAGAGAGUGCUCGGCCCAACGUCACUGAUAACUUUCUGAUUUUAAAGUCAUUUUUGGAGCUUACGUACUAUUAUGGUUGCUCCUAUAUGAGGAUGCUCCUAUAUGGUUGCUCCACUAUGAGACACUGUAGUGUCCAAUCAAAGUGUAAAAGCUAGCUUGGGCACUUAAAGCAGUACAGUCUUUUCAGUGUGGUUGUUUUGUUUUUGUUUUUUUUCCAAAGCUGAGUAGCCCUACUGAGCAGCAGGGGAUAUUGGCUUGCACUUGAGUGCAGCUACGUGGCUUGCUCAUGGAGAGCUACCUCAGGUAUCUUCACAGGGCACUGCGCUGUGCCGUCGGCUUGCGGAGGUACAGCCGUCCCAUCCAUUAUGUCCAGUGAUUCCUAAGGUUUUAGGGGUCAAGAUUUAAGAAGUAAGAUUUCCACAGUCCAUCAGGGUGUUUUCUUAACCGUUUUGUUUUUCCUGUGUCCCAAUCACCUACACAGUAGCACACUUGCUUGGCAAAUACAAUCUUCAGCUCUUUAACUUGGUUUCCUGAUUCAGGGAGCAUUUUUCCUCAUGAAUUUUGACAUGAAUUUAAUUGACCAAAUUUCAUGUUCCAAAACCAAAGAUCUGUGAGACACCUGUUUUAAUUCUCCCAGUUACUGUUUGAAACUAUUUUUAGGGAGUUGCAUGAUUUUCAGCUUUGGCUUUCCUGCAAGAAUGUUUUUUGGGAUGGAGAAAGAUUACACAGCCUAGUGGACAAUGUAUGUUUGUGCCCUACUACUUCGCUUCCAGAGCUAUGAAUUAUAUCAGCGCUUUUAUUUUAGUGGUAGCCUUAACUGUCUCUGACUUCUUUGUUUUCACACUAUUUUGUAGUGUUGUUAAGAAUGGGAUUCAGCAUUUAAUCUUAAAAGAUUUACGGGGGAGAAGGGGUUGCAUAUUUGCCAACUGGGAAUACGCUUAUAAAUACUCAAAGGGUGGGUGUCAGGAGGAUGGGGCCAGGCUCUUUUCAGUGGUGCCCAGCAACAGGACAAGAGGUAACGGGCACAAACUUGAGCAUAGGAAGUUCCACCUAAACAUGAGGAGGAACUUCUUUACUCUGAGGGUGGCAGAGCACAGGAACAGGCUGCCCAGAGAGGUGGUGGAGUCUCCAUCUCUGGAGACAUUCAAAACCCGCCUGGAUGCGUUCCUGUGCAACCUGCUCUGGGUGACCCUGCUCUGGCAGGGGGGUUGGACUAGAUGAUCUCCAGAGGUCCCUCCCAACCCUGACCAUUCUAUGAUUCUGUGACAGGCUUGUUCAGUGGAAGACAGCAUAAGCACAGAAAUCUUAAUGUUUUAGGAGACACAGAGGAUAUAGUAGCCACACUUCUCUGAAGCAAUUUUGGGAAAGUCCCUGAGGAUCCCAUUGUGAAGUUGUUUCGAUACUUAGGACUCUGGCUCUGUGUAGAUUGCCAAGAUGAUACUUGGUGCAGUAGGGGAGGAUCAGUCAGUGAAAGCUGAGACUCAUACAUCUACACUAUAUGCAGCUUAAGACUACAUAUAGUCUUUUUCCUUGGCUAAAUAUCCCCACUGCAUAUGCAGUUUGAAGCAGGCCAAAUAAUUGGUUCAGGCUCGUAAUAUCUCUUUUAGAGGCUGGAGUACAUUUGGCAUACAGCUGGGCCUGCAGUGUGGUUUCCUCCAAAAUAAACUUAAUCCUUGUGUACCAAAACCACUCCGCAAACUGAACCAAGGUUCAAUAAGGGAAGAUGGUUGGGAAUUCACUUCAUAACAGCACUACUGUCUCAAACCAAAAUGCUAAUAGAGGCUAGGACUGGGACUAUUCCCCCUCCAUCCUCAUUGUCGCAGAAUUUAGUGGCUGAAGACAAAUUAAAGCAACCUCCUUGAUCUCCCUCCCUCUUCCAAAAAAAAAAAAAAAAAAGAGAAAAAAAAAAGUAAAAAUUAAAAAUUAGGCAACCAGACAAAGGGGAGAUGAGUAAGUGGAAGAAAAGAAAAGGGAUAAUUUUCAGUUCGUACCAAUCGACACAGUGCUACUGACUUCAGAUAAAACCUCUGAAAAAAUGUACAUGCAACUCUUUGCGGAUAUCACUCCCCAUUAGUGCUCUUGCCAGAUUGUGGAUGGGAUCUUUGUUUCUUAAUGUGUCUUUGUGUUCAACGUUAGCACACCAUUCAGACAAAGAAAAAAAAAAAAGGUAGUUUGUGGAAAGCUUGCUUGUUGGGAUAAUAUGCUUAAUGUGUUCUAUGUUCAGACGAGCACUUAUUUAUUAUAAAUGGAAUGUAUUUGAAUUACUGUUAUAUGUUGAUCUCAUUGUGUCACUUUAGAUUUUGAUUAUUAAUGGAAUGCUAGUAAGUAUCGCCUAUGCAUUAUGCAGCGUUAUUUGAAUUAUUCAUGUGUGGCAAGUGGAGUUCUGCACUUUAAAUUGUUGCCUUGGCCUAAUGUUUAUAUUUAUGCUGUGGUUUUUGUGCGAUCAGAAAGCUUUGUAGGAGAAAAAAAAAGUGUAUUUGUUCACUGAACUGAACAUUUUCAGUAUUGUAAGUGGACUUCCUGUUAGAAAAAGAAAUGUUAAAAUGACCCCGUUUAAAGGUCUGUGCCUGACUAUACACUCAUGAAAGAAAAAAAAUUAUGAUGGUUUUAUGAAAGCCUACAUGAAUAGUAAUGUUUUAAUUUAAAAAUAUUUACAGAGAAAUUUAUUUUUUUAAAAUUUUAAUAGUGAUUAUGCAAUGCAAAUUAGCAAAAGCUAGUAAUUCUUGAUAAAUACCUACUGUUCUACCGAGCAAAGGAGAAUGUAUCUAUUCUUGAUUAUACGUUCAAAAAGAAUAUGCAAGUCUUGAAAAAUAAAAAGCGCAAGUUCUUUCAAAGAAUAUCCCGGCUUUAAAAGGAAAAGAUAUUAACAACAUUGCUCAGACAAGCUGUUUAAAAAUAUUGCUUUAAGCAUUUCCAGGAACAAUCCAUAACAGAUGGUAAGGUGGACAGCUUUUAAAAUACUGGAUUUGUACGGGUAAGCAGACUGCCUUAUCUGCAGUCCUGGAUGUAGCAAUGGUCAGCUCAUCUCUGAAAUGACAGUAUACAUGUAGAAGGUAUUUAAAAAAAAAAAAGCCAAGGGAUUUUGAAAAUUUGAGAAAGGACUGGGAAAAAAAUGAAUUUGAGAUGAGAUUUGGAAAAGGCGUUAGCAGAAUACAGAACAAUGCAAAGUAGAAAGAAGCUAGAUGAGAGGAUCUCAUAAAAGCAAGAUGACAUGUCAGUGAAGUUUUAUGUGGGAAACACUCAGGAAAGAGGAUACCUUUUCAGGUAAUGUUCUCUUAAAUCAUGGACCUGGUUCCUUCUGAAAGUCACUGAGGCCCUACAGCUGAGCAGAUCUACUUACAUGCUUAAUAUUACAAACCCAAAUAAUAGCAGCUAUUCGUAGCAUAAUUGUAUAAUGCUUUUCAACUUCUCAACCUCUACUUCAAGAUUUAAGUCAAAAUUACCUGUAACAACUCCAGAAGAAACGUGAUGCAAGGGCACGUUAUGCUUUACCUCCACGUGUCCUUUGAAACAUUUGGUGUUGGCCAGGUCAGAGACUGAACUAGUCUGGUCACGGGGAAGAAUCUCUGCUCCUGUGUGCCCCAGACGUCAUCCCCUGUCAUGUGCCUGGUGGCACAGUGAUGACUGAGUCCGAGACAGGCAGACAGGCAGCUGGUGUGACUAGAGUCAGUGAAAAUAAACUGGUUUAAAAAUCAUGUUGUUUUGAAGUUAAGCACACUGCAGAGAGCACAGCACGUCUGAAAUUACACAAGCAUAUACCUAGUAGUGAAUUUCUAGGUACUAGGAACUUUGGCUUAAAGUUAGGGGUUUUUUUAAGCCCUUGUCACUGUAUGUGCAACAGCUCAUACUUGUCUCAACAGAGCAGCCAACAAAUGACAUCUGCAAGGCUCUCUGUACUAAAACCAGCAGCAACAGCAACAAAAACAAUUCUUGGGAAGUCAAAAGGACAUCAGCAAUAUCAACAACAAUCUGUUGUGUAAAGUUAAUAGGACUGCUAGUUUUUCUCAAAAGGCUGAGCAAUGUUGUUGGAGGGCAGUUUCCUGGAAAUUUCAGUGGAAAUUCUUUCUUGGAAAAUGCCCUGAAUCAGAGCGUGCUCCAACCAAUGGGGUCCCCUGUGGCUUCUACGGAGGCAGUCACUUCUGUAGAGUGAAUGCAAUAGUCAUGCCUAGACUCACACCUCCUCCCCGGUCAGGAGUCAGACGUGUGUAUUCGCUUUAAUUCUGGCAUUAGUUUGUGGUUUCUCAUACUCUCGGUUUUAGUUUGAAAACAACUAUGCUGAAUGACUGGAGUCGAGAGAAGGAUAAGCCUUAAAGGCAAUCUUACACCCACCUGCCUAACACUUCAUCUCAAAAGUACUGUCCCAUCAGGUAGAUGUUAUUAUGUUUGCACAGCUCUUAGGCUCUGUGAUUUGGCUUAAUGACUUGAGUCAGCUGGUAACAAUUAAACCCAGACAAAACCAGGACAUAAACUGUGAGCAGCUGACAAAAACAUACAAAUGUUUUACCUUGAUCUGCACUAAAGGCUUUGCUUGGCCAAGUGCUCCUAGGAGCAUUUAGGUACAAAAACUCCCUGGAGAUAAGCCUUCAGUAGAAGGGACCAGUGUUAGUGAUAACUGAAGGCUUUUACCUUUGUGUCCUGUCUGGCCUUGUGGCUUCGGAGCUGGAUUGUGUGUUCCUUUAACAGCUUUUGCUGAUUAAGCUUUUAAAAAGCGGUUGCACAAACUCCUUAGCUGAGGAAGUUUACAGCCCUUGCUUCAAGACGAACCUUCUUUCCCCAAAGGAGAGUUCACAUCUCACUGGAGUAAGCUUUUCUGAUUCUGGUCCUUGGUUUUGUCUGCUUGUUGCCUGUUGUGCGUAGAGGAUCUGGUUCUUUCGUUUGUGAAGAAUGCCUAACUGGAGUUAAUGUUGAAUUUAUCCUUCCUGUUGUACUCGUGUAGUUUCAAGAAGGAGCAAUGUAUUAGGAAAAAUGGUAUAUAAGAUUUCUGCUGUUCUGCUUGGUUUUGAUCAUGCUAAAUGGGAAGUCAUAUACUGUCGAAACAAAAUAAAGAGGCCUUGUGUUUACAACAA